AUGAAAUUUGGCAAAAGUGUUUGUAUCAUAAACGUAGGUGGUACCAAGUAUGCGUUUUCAAAGGAUGUGAUCAAGGAUUUCCCUUUGAGGAGGGUAAGCCGUCUUCACAACUGCGCCUCGGAAAGUGAAGUGUUAGAGGUCUGCGAUGAUUAUGACCGGGAGAGAAACGAGUUCUUCUUUGACCGACACUCCGAAGCUUUUGGCUUUAUCAUGCUGUACGUCAAGUACGGCAAGCUGCGGUUUGUCCCACAGAUGUGUGAACUGUCGUUCUAUAACGAAAUGAUUUAUUGGGGAUUGGAAAGCUCCCAUUUGGAGUUUUGCUGCCAACGGAGACUUGAUGAUCGGAUGUCGGAUACGUAUACACACUUCACCGAGGAGGACCACAAAAAAGAGGAUGAGUCCAGGGCGCAGGAAAAGGGUCGCGUUGGAGCGAAAAAGGACGCAAAGUGGCUUGAGAGGAUGCGGAGGACUUUUGAAGAACCCACAUCGUCAGUUGCCGCUCAAAUUUUAGCCUCUGUGUCCGUCAUUUUUGUCAUUGUGUCAAUGGUGAUUCUUUGCGCGAGCACUUUGCCAGACUGGAAAACUGCUGAGAGCAACGUCGUGGAGGAGCACAGGUACACAGACUCUUUAGAGCAUCCAUCCGGGAUCAUUGAGGCAGUGUGCAUCGGCUGGUUCACGGCAGAAUGCAUCGUUCGCUUCAUCGUAUCGAAGGACAAGUGCGAAUUCGUCCGUCGUCCCCUCAACAUCAUCGACCUGUUGGCCAUCACGCCCUACUACAUCUCCGUCACCAUGACGGUUCUGACGGGAGAGAACUCGCAGCUGCAGAGAGCCGGCGUGACUCUGCGGGUUCUGCGCAUGAUGCGCAUCUUCUGGGUCAUCAAACUGGCGCGUCACUUCUUGGGCUUGCAGACCCUGGGCCUGACGUUACGCCGCUGUUACCGGGAAAUGGUUAUGCUCCUGGUCUUCAUAUGCGUCGCUAUGGCCAUUUUCGGAGCUCUGGCCCAGCUGCUGGAACACGGGCUGGACCUGGAGUCCGGGAACGAGGACUACGCCAGCAUUCCGUCUGCCUGUUGGUGGGUUAUUAUCUCCAUGACGACUGUCGGCUAUGGAGACAUGUAUCCCAUCACUGUGCCUGGGCGAGUGCUGGGCGGCUUAUGUGUGGUGAGCGGCAUUGUACUCCUGGCCCUCCCCAUCACCUUCAUCUACCACAGCUUUGUGCAGUGCUACCACGAGCUCAAGUUUCGUUCGGCACGUUGCUCCAGGAGCCUGUCCACCGAGUUCCUCAACUGA